CUUCAUUUCUUCGGUCACCUUCACGACGAUUUUCGAGCCUGAGCGCUCUUUUUAUGUGCCGAGAUUCCAUUGUGGUUCUGCAGCUUGCAACGGACGGUGCGUGUAAUAAGGGGGAAAGCGACGCAUCGAAUUGCUUAGCUCCAGCAAGACUGAAACGCUCGACGCGUCUCUCUUCGCCACUCCGGUCCGCAUCAUCGCAUGGUGUUGUGAACUGUCGCUCACCAGAAGCAUAUCGGAGUCGAAACAGCGCAGUCAUUCAAAAUGAGAGAGCUCAUCACGUUUUCCGUAGGCCAAGCUGGCACGCAAGUCUCGACCGAGUUCUGGAAGAAGAUCCUCGCCGAGCACGGCCUGAACGAAAGCGGUCAAUAUGUGGGCGAUAACGAUAACCAGCUUGCCAAGGUGGGCGUUUUCUUCGAGCCUUCUGGCGUCGAAGGAAAAUACGUCCCAAGGAAUGUCGCCAUAGACCUAGAGCCGGGUACUAUCGAUAUGGUCCGCUCCGGGCCCCUUGGCAGCCUCUUCAGGCCGGAUAACAUGAUACACGGACAAUCAGGAGCGGGUAACAACUUCGCCAAGGGAUUCUACACCGAGGGUGCAGAACUCAUGGAUGGUAUCAUGGACGUGGCGAGGAAGGAGGCGGAGAAGGCAGACAUGCUUCAAGGCUUCCAGCUCGUUCACUCGAUCGGCGGUGGCAGCGGCUCUGGUCUCGGAACGAACCUGUUGACCAAGUUGCGCGAAGAAUUCCCUGACCGAAUGCUGGCGAGCUGGUCAGUGCUUCCGUCUCCAAAAGUUAGCGAGGUCGUGGUCGAGCCAUACAAUGCGACUUUGUCUUUCCACCAACUUGUCGAGAACGUCGACUUGUCGUUUUGCUUGGACAAUGAGGCUCUUUAUGAUAUUUGCCAGCGGACAUUGAAAGUCAAGGACCCAGGGUACAAGGACUUGAACCAGAUUAUUGCUAGCGCCAUGUCGGGCUGCUCAACCACCCUGCGUUUCCCAGGUCAAUUGAACAGCGACCUAAGAAAAUUGGGUGUCAACAUGGUUCCCUUCCCGCGUCUACACUUCUUUACUUGCGGUUAUGCUCCAUUGGUAGCACCGGGCUCAAAAGCCUACUCGUCAUUGAAGGUGUCUGAGCUCGUCUCACAAGGCCUGUCUCCCAACUGCACCAUGGCCGCCAUCGACCCCAGGCUCGGCAAGUACCUCACGGUUGCGGCUAUCUUCCGGGGCCCGAUCAAAUCGAAGGACGUGGAAGACGAGAUGUACAACCUGCAAAUGAAGAACAGCACAGGUUUCGUCGAGUGGAUUCCGCAGAAUGUUCUUACUUCCCUCUGCGAUAUUGCCCCGCCAGAUGUCAAGAUGUCCGCCACAUUCAUCGGCAACACAACUUCGGUGCAAGAGCUGUUCAAACGAACAGAGCAGCAAUUUGCAGCAAUGUUCAGGCGCCGCGCUUUCUUGCACUGGUAUACUAACGAGGGCAUGGACGAGCUCGAGUUCCAAGAGGCAGCAAGCAAUCUACAAGAUCUCAUCUCUGAAUACCAGCAGUACGAGAGCGCGACAGUGGAUGACGAUGAGCUCCUCGAAGGCGAAUACGAGGAGGAGAUUGCUGAAGAGGAAUGACAAAAGGCAACGAAGCACUAAAGGGCAAAUUCGACGCAAAUGUCAAUGAGAGGACGAGCGACUGGACAUGGCCUUAUCUGAUGCGCUUGUUGCUGGUGUCUCUGUAUUCUCGCGCAGUCGCAAAAUGAACUAAUACCCCCGUGUAUGCGCCUGGCAGCUCAUGACAAG